AUGGCGAAAGGUGGCAAGGCAGUGAUGGUCGUGGAGCUGAAGGGUAACGUGGUGUUCAACCACAUAUGGCAGCCCUUGGCGACAGCUAUAGAGCUGGCAAUACUGAACUGCGGGCAAGAUCCAGUGACGGUGCUGCUAACGGAUGCUAAACAGUGGUAUUUUGCGUCUGUGCAGCUGAUCGGAGAGGCCGACAAACAAGAACCUUCCCUGCCUGAGGGCGAACUCCGGGCAUGCAAUCACCAGUUCCGCCUCUUCAAUUGUGAACGCAUUCCCUGUAACCUCCUGUUAAGGCCUGGUACAGAUGAUUACGGACCGGUGGCUAAGGUGUUCGCCCGGAUGCACAGCGUGCUGUACCCUGGUGUGGACAUCACCCGGGUUGCACAUCGGGCGAAGCUGGGCAAUGAGACGCUUCAAACUCUGGCAAAUAAGUGGGCGGAGCCAUUUAUCACAGAGCUGUAUAAGAAAAAGAACGACCCGGAACUGAAGGAAAUUGCGCAGAAGGCGGAGAGGGAGAAGAAGGAAAUUGAGCAGAAGGCGGAGAGGGAGAAGAAGGAAAUUGCGCAGAAGGCGGAGAGGGAGAAGAAGGAAAUUGCGCAGAAGCUGGAGGCAUCAGAGCGGGAGAAGACGGAAAUUGCGCAGAAGGCGGAGAGGGAGAAGAAGGAAAUUGAGCAGAAGGCGGAGAGGGAGAUUGAGGCCCUCAAGAGGCAGCUGCAGCAGCAGCAAGGCCACUAG